GCCCUCCUGUGACACAGUUUAUUCACCCUUCAAAAUAAAAGCCGAUAUAUAUAAAUUGCAAAAUUGGGAUUUAGGAAAAACAACAACACGCUGCGUUGGAACAAACAAGGAAUUAUACAGACUUCGAGAGCCCGUGUUUGUCGAAUUAUCUUCGUCACUUUCUGUAAACUACAAUAUCGGCUGUCCGAUUCAUACGAUCGGAUGACACUGGCACAGAUAGAAGAAACAGAAAUCCAUUGGAUCAGUGUGUAUUGGAUUGGGUGUCACGGGCUGACCCGCUGAAUUCAGUCCAGAAAUGUCACACAGAGGCAACACAAAGCGAAGAGGAGGGAGUCACUGCCCGCAGGAUGAAACUUCCCUCCCAUCAUCAUCAUCAUCAGCAGCAGCAGCAGCGUGCUCUGGGUGCAAAUGUGCGUAUGUGCAGACAGAUCCGCCGUGAGAAAGACCUUCCCUGUCCACAGCGGUGCAGUGUUUUGGAGCGUAACCUGUGGGUCGGUGCUGCGCUGUGAAAAGCAUGAAAGCUGGGAUCCAACAAGUCAGAAGACGAGUGAGAGGAAGGUGCGCAUCAACGAGCUGAACCUCCAGGGCUGCCAGUAGGGAAUCAUGUGGAGCUCGCUGAGCCCCAAGCAGCCCGGCGGGCCCGGCCUCGCCGACAUGCAGCAGUACCAGCAGUGGCUGGCCAGUCGCCACGAGGCCAGUCUGCUGCCCAUGAAGGAGGACCUGGCCCUGUGGCUCACCAACAUGCUAGGUCUGGAAAUCACAGCCGAAAGCUUCAUGGAUCGCUUAGACAAUGGGUUCCUGUUGUGCCAGCUGGCUGAGACACUACAGGAGAAGUUCAGGCAAAGUAACGGAGACCUGUCUGCGCCUGGCAACAGCAAGCAGAGCGCUACCCAUCGGAGGAUUCCCUGUCGGCAGAGCGCUCCCUCCGGCUCCUUCUUUGCACGGGACAACACGGCCAACUUCCUGGCGUGGUGUCGGGAGGCUGGAGUUGGAGAAACGUGUCUGUUUGAGUCCGAGGGUUUAGUUCUCCACAAGCAGCCACGGGAGGUGUGCCUCUGCCUUCUAGAGCUGGGCCGCAUAGCAUCACGCUACAACGUGGAGCCUCCCGGCCUCAUAAAGCUGGAGAAAGAGAUUGAACAAGAAGAGAAGGCGCCUCUACCUCCUCCAUCACCCGUGUCCCCGGUGCAGCCCCUCGCUCCAUCUCCGUCCUCUCCUUCCUCUCCUGCCCCACCUCUGACUCCUACCAGAGUGCCUUCCAGCAAGAAGAGCUCAGGGAAGCUGCUGGAUGACGCCGUGAGACACAUCGCCGAUGAUCCGCCCUGCAAGUGUCAGAAUAAGUUCUGUGUCGAGAGACAGUCGCAGGGUCGAUACCGUGUUGGGGUGAAGAUGCUUUUCAUCCGGAUGCUGCACAACAAGCACGUGAUGGUGCGCGUAGGUGGAGGCUGGGAGACCUUCGAGAGCUACCUUCUGAAACACGACCCCUGCCGUAUGCUCCAAAUCUCCCGGGUGGAGGGCAAGGUGUCCCCUCUCAACAGCAAGUCCCCCAACAUCAAGGACCUCACCCCCGACAGCUACCUGGUGGUGGCAGCGCACUACCGCAGCAAGAAGUGAGGACGGGGCCGAGACCUGCACCACAGCAGCAGCUGCCUGCUGUGUGUUUUCCUCUGUACCAAAGGGAUGUGGCUACCUAUCAUUUACUGUCAUUCAUAGAAGGCUCGUCUGUGUAAAAUCAUGCUUGGUUUUAUUUUCUUGGUGAAAGGAAUUUUUAGUAAAAUGUCAAAUAAAUCUGGGAAUCUCA